AUGAUGACUUCUUUGGUCAGCAAUCAAGCCCGGGGGACUCGGGACAAAACGCUGCCCACCACCACCACCACCACACACACCACACAGCCACAGAAACAGAUACAGGCAACAGCAGAACAGAUGCGUUUGGCUCAGAUGAUCUACGACAAAAAUGACGCAGUCUUUGAAGACAAAGUCAAACAGCUGAUUGAGGUCAGUGGCAAGACUCAAGAUGAGUGCAUGGUCGCCCUCCAUGACUGUAACGAGGACAUGAACAGAGCCAUCAAUCUUUUGUUGGAAAGCACCUCUGACACAAACUCCUGGGAAACAGUCGGUAAAAAGCGGAGCCUGGGAAAAGAGGGAGGUACUCCAGAAGUAAAGGAGACCCGAGAGAAGAAGGGAGGCGAGCGUGAGGUCAGUCGCGGACGAGGGGGAGGCAACAGGAGAGGCCGCGGCAUUAGCCGAGGACGUGAAGGUCGCGUUGAGGAGAAUGGCUUCGAGAUGGUGCCUGGAGAGCGGGGAGGAGACCGCGUACGCAGGGGACGGGGCAGAGGGGCAGGUGGGCGUGGUCGAGGAAGAGCAGCUGCCGGUGCCAGGUUCUCCCAGGCAAUGGGGACAUUCAAUCCCGCAGACUAUGCUGCUGGUCGCCAUGAGAAUUGGGAAGGAGACGUCAAUGAAACUACUGAGGCACCUGCAACGUGGGGAGGAAACCCAGAAGACUGGACUACAGAAGACUGGAAUGAAGACUUGUCUGAGACCAAAGUUUUCACUUCCUCUUCCACUCCAGGAAACCACAAUGUGGACCUGACAGGCCUCCUGCCAAAGUCAGGAGUGUCUGUGGAGUCUGACCUUGUUGACGGGCCCUCUGCUGAGGAUCUGGGCCAAAGCCUGGUCUUCACAAAUUCCCACCACAAUGGACGCACAGCCACACACAGCUAUGCCCACGCUGCCUCUGGAAGCGCCACUUACGCGCAUGCUGCUCUGUCUUCAACCCUUAGUCCUGGUUUUGGGUCUCCAAGCGCACCCAAGCCAGCACCUGUGUCAGACGCCAGGACAGCAGAUCAGCUCAACGGGCCUCGGCUCGGUCAGAGAGCAAGACAGGUCCUAGCUACUCCCGUGACCAUCAACGGUAGCAUUUCCAAAGAUGCGGUGCUGCCUGUGGUACAGAACCCCACAACAGUCCCCUCACCCACAGUCGAAAUCAAUACUCAGAGAUUGGACAACGGACCUGUAACAGGCCUGCACAUGGAAAUGAAGCUUCAGCCAGAACCCUCUGCUGUGCUCAGCCAGCUAGCACAGAGACAUCAACAAUCCUCCAUCCUUCCUACAACAGAGCCUCUUAUGUCUCAUUCACACGCCCCGCAAGUGCCCACACCACCAGGUCACGAGUCAUCAGUCCUGCCUGCAAGAGAUGGAGCCUCUCCAGGAAUUAAGUUGCCUGGUGUGGAUUGUCCUAUCACAGAGCCUCCAAUGCGACAGCUUAAGACGCAGAAGCGUAGAGUGAUGCCCCCCUCUAAGAUUCCCUCGUCAGCUGUGGAGAUGCCGGGAUCAGCAGACAUCUCGGGCUUGAAAUUUCAGUUCGGUGCAUUGGACUUCUGUUCCGAGGCAGGCACUGUUGACGUGACCCAAAAGGAGUUGACACGGGAACAGGGUCCAUCGGCAACUCCAGGGGUCAUGUCUGUCCCCGUUGCAACACCUGCACAGCAGCCGCAAGGCUUGUUUUCCAAACCUGCCUCUGUGAGCGAACACGUGAGCAGCAUACCCGCCAUGCCGGAUACUGGCUUCCCCUCACCGUCCUUGGGCUUGCCCAGUGCCACACCCUCACCCUCCCUGGGCCUCCCGGGUGCGGCUGCUCCAUCCUCUACUGUGCUAGCACCCGGAAAGCGUGUUGAUGGUGGCGGAUCCCGAGCCUUACCUCCCCACCUGCCAUUCUCUCAGAACAAAGAGAGCCAGCCAUCUGCUGCCCCCCUCACGAAUGGUUACUCUGGCAUGAAGGUGCAAAGCACACAGGACGAGUCCCCGCUCAUAAAUGAUGGCGGCCCCACCCACCAUGCGCCUUCCACUGGAUCCACGACCGUCAACUCAGCACCUAUUCCUUCGCUUAACAGCCACGUGAGCAGCUCUCAUUCAUCUGGGCCCACUCAUACCACAAGCUCUUCUGUGCCAACAAGUAAUGAGGAGAAUGUCUGCGCCAAUCCACACACCUUUUCCACUCAGUCCAGCCAGCCGCACAAUGCCACUAUCACAACCCCACUGGCUGUCAGCAGUUCAAAUUCCAACAGUGCUCUGCACCCUUCCGGAGCACCAGGACUGAAUGGCACGAGCGGCACUCUUUCCGCUGCAAACAGUCGCACAGCACCCCUGCUCACCACCACCUCUGGCAAAGCUCCCCCCAAUUUGGCCCAAGGAGUGCCCCCUCUUCUGGCCAGUCAAUACAUCAUGGGCCCUGGUGGCUUGCUCCCAGCUUACCCGAUCUAUGGCUACGAGGACCUGCAGAUGCUGCAGUCCCGCCUUCCUAUGGACUACUAUGGUGUAGCAUUUCCUGGUACUACGGCCACCAUGCCUGGAAGAGAUGGCCUGGCCAACAAUCCUUACUCAGGUGAGGCGACAAAGUUUGGGAGGAACGACUCUUCAUCCCCGGCGCCACCUACCAGCUUGUCCACAGCUGGGGUACAAUCGCAGGCUCAACAGGCGCCACAGGCUGGAACACAGGGGCAGGGUCAAGGCCAGAGCCAAGGCCAGCAGACCCAGAACCAGGCCUUCCUCAACCCACCGAUACCACCAGGCUAUGGAUACACUGGUCUGCCAUACUACGCGGGCAUGCCCGGGGUCCCCUCGGCCUUCCAGUAUGGCCCCACCGUCUUUGUGCCUCCUACUUCGGCCAAACAACCCACCAUGAGCCUGGCCAACCCUUCUAAUCAGUACCACCAACAGCAUCAGCCCACUUAUGGACAGCAUGCAUACAGCACAGCCUUUGAUGACCUGUCUCAAGCCCACGCUGGGGAGUACAAUAAGGGAGGGUACGGCGGCUCUGCCCAAUCUCAAGUCGCCAAGUCGGCGGGCAGCGGCCCAGGGAAAGGUUUGUCCGGAUCGGGCAGCAGUGGAGGGGUACCUGAGAUCAAUGCGUCCAUUUACAGCAAAACACAGUCAUUCGACAAACAGGGUUUCCACACGGGGACGCCGCCGCCUUUCAGCCUGCCCUCCGCCCUGGGCGGUGCGGGGCCCAUGAACCCCGCGGGAGCACCGGGCUACGCGCCAGCCCCCUUUCUGCACAUCUUGCCCCCGCAUCAGCAGCCCCAUUCACAGUUGUUACACCACCACCUCGCACAGGACACACAGGGCGGUCCGGGUCAGCGUGGCCAGUCGAGCAGCAUGCAGCAGAAAAGCCAAGGCGGCAAGUCCAGUUAUGGCAGCUCCCCCUACUGGGGCAACUGA